AAGACACGAUCUUGUACCAAUCCAAAGCCUCUACAUGGUGGACAACAAUGUCCUGGACUUACUACUGGAGUAGAAAAUAAACAAUGCAACAAAAAUUCAUGUCCAGUCAACGGCGGUUGGUCUUCUUAUGGAAAUUGGAGUCCUUGGACAUCGUGUACAGUCCCAUGCGGUGGAGGUGCACAGUCUAGAGAUAGAAAUAGGACAUGUUCUAACCCGGAACCGAAAUAUGGCGGGAAUCAAUGUGUUGGUAGUUCAUCUGAAACUGCUUCACUGCCAUGUAACAUAUCACUAUGUCCAGUCAACGGAGGAUGGUCUUCUUAUGGAAGUUGGAGCCCUUGGUCAUCCUGUAGUGUCACAUGUGGUGGUGGAAAGAAGACUAGAAGUAGAGAGAGGACAUGUUCAAAUCCAGUUCCAAAUUAUGGCGGAAAUCAAUGCGUCGGGAGUAGAACAGAAACGACUGCAGAUUCUUGUAGUUCCACACAAUGUCCAAUUGAUGGAGGUUGGUCUGCAUUCGGAAAUUGGAGUCCUUGGUCAUCAUGUAAUUUAACAUGCGGUGGUGGAACAAAGUCCAGAAACCAUAACAGGACAUGUACAAACCCAGAACCAAAAUAUGGUGGACAACCGUGUGUAGGAAGUACAACCGAUACGUCUGCAGUCCUGUGCAAUUCCAUGCCAUGUCCAAUUGAUGGUGGGUGGUCAUCCUACAGUAUAUGGAGUUCUUGGUCUGUAUGUAGUCUAACUUGUGGUGGUGGAGGAAAGUCAAGAAGUAGGAAUAGGUCGUGUUCCAAUCCUUUACCAAAAUAUGACGGCAAACAGUGCACUGGAAAUGAAGUGGAAAAUACUACUUCUGACUGCAACAUGUUACCUUGUCCAAUUGAUGGCGGAUGGUCGCCCAUUGGAAUUUGGAGUUCUUGGUCGUUCUGUAGUGCAACGUGUGGUGGUGGUAAAAAGACAAGAAGCAGGGAAAGGACGUGUUCCAAUCCUUUUCCAAAAUUUGGAGGGAAAUUUUCUUGGUCGUUAUGUAGUUCAACGUGUGGUGAUGGUGAAAAGACAAGAAGUAGGAAUAGGACAUGUUCCAAUCUUAUACCACAUUAUAGCAGGAAACAGUGCAGUGGAUAUCCCGCGGAAAAUACUACUUCUGACUGCAAUAUUAUCCAAUGUCCAAUUGACGGCGGCUGGUCGUCCUAUGGAAAUUGGAAUUCAUGGUCGUUAUGUAAUGUAUCUUGUGGUGAUGGUAAAAAAUCCAGAACCAGGAAUAGGACCUGCACAAACCCUGUACCAAAAUAUGACGGGAAACAAUGCAUUGGAAAGGUUGUGGAAAACAUAACCGCUGAUUGCAAUACAUUACUUUGUCUAAUAAACGGUGGAUGGUCACAAUAUACUUUAUGGAGUCAAUGGGGAAAUUGUUCAAAAGAAUGUAAUGGGGGAUUGAAAUAUAGAACAAUAUCAAGAUCCUGUACAAAUCCAAAGCCAAAGUUUGGUGGUUUGGAAUGUGAUGGUAAAACGACAGAAGAAGAAGAAGAAGGAAGAGUUUGUAAUAUUCAGCAUUGUCCAUUGGAUGGCAAUUGGACAGAUUAUAGUGAGUGGUCACCAUGGGAUACAUGUAAUGUCACAUGUGGUGGAGGAUUUUAUAGUCGAUAUAGAAACAGAACCUGUGAAAAUCCAGGACCUAUGUUUGGUGGAAUGAAUUGUUCUGGAGAUGAUAUAGAUCGCCAAAAAGAAACUUGUAAUAAACAACGGUGUAAAGCAAUAGAGAUGUCAGAUGUGUCAAAGAUACUGUCAUCAGAGUUGUUUAAGAAAGCUCUUUACUAUGGAAUUAUACCAGGUGUAUUGUUACUGAUACUGGGUGUUUUAAUUAAUAACAAAGUUGAAAUGAGAUUAGACAUUCUGUUUUUUAUUACUUUACCGACCGUUACCGUUGUAAAUAGUGUAUGUAUAGGAACUCAAAAUUACCCAUGUUCACAGAGGUCUUCUCGAUUGGAUUAUUACAGAACUAAAUGUGGAGCAUUCGGAUGGAAGAGAUGUCGAAGAUCAAGGAGAGUUUAUUACCAGUCAUAUAAAAUAUGCACGCGAAAAUGUCCAUCAGUUGACGGUAAAUGGAGCUCUUGGACAAGUUGGAGAGGUUGGUCAAAAUGUACGAAGAAUUGUGGAACUGGCAAUCAGGUUAGGACAAGGACAAGAUCUUGUACCAAUCCAAGGCCACUUAAUGGUGGAACACAAUGUCCUGGACUUACCGCUGGAAUAGAACGUAGACAGUGCAACACCAAUCCAUGUCCAGUUGACGGUAAAUGGAGUUCUUGGACAAGUUGGAGCAGUUGGCCAACAUGUACGAAGAAUUGUGGAACUGGCAAUCAGGUUAGGACAAGGACAAGAUCUUGUACCAAUCCAACGCCACUAUAUAGUGGAAAUCAAUGUCCUGGACUUACCACGGCAGUAGAAAAUAGACAGUGCAACACAAAUCCAUGUCCAGUUGACGGUAAUUGGAGUUAUUGGACAAGUUGGAGUAGAUGGUCAAAAUGUACAAAAAAUUGUGGAAAUGGUGGUCAAGGAAGGACUAAGACAAGAUCUUGUACAAAUCUAAAACCACUACACGGUGGACAACAAUGUCCUGGACUUACUACGGAAGUAGAAAAUAGACAAUGCAACACUAAUCCAUGUCCAGUGAACGGCGGAUGGUCUUCUUAUGGAAAUUGGAGUCCUUGGACAUCGUGUACAGUCCCAUGUGGUGGAGGUGCACAUUCUAGAGGUAGAAAUAGGACAUGUUCUAACCCGGAACCAAAAUAUGGUGGGAGUCAAUGUGUUGGUAGUUCAUCUGAAACUGCUUCACUUCCUUGUAACAUAUCACCGUGUCCAGUCAACGGAGAAUGGUCUUCUUAUGAAAGUUGGAACCCUUGGUCAUCCUGCAAUGUCACAUGCGGUGGUGGAAAGAAGACUAGAAGUAGAGAGAGGACAUGUUCAAAUCCGGUUCCAAAAUAUGGCGGGAAUCAGUGCGUCGGUAUUAGAACAGAAACGACUGCAGAUUCUUGUAGUUCCAUACCAUGUCCAAUUGAUGGAGGUUGGUCUUCCUUCGGAAGUUGGAGUCCUUGGUCAUCAUGUAAUUUGACAUGCGGUGGUGGAACAAAGUCCAGAAAUCAAAACAGGACAUGCACAAACCCAGAACCAAAAUAUGGUGGACAACCGUGUGUAGGAAGUACAACCGAUACGUCUGUAGUCCUGUGCAAUUCCAUGCCAUGUCCAAUUGAUGGUGGGUGGUCAUCCUACGGUAUAUGGAGUUCUUGGUCUGUAUGUAGUGUAACUUGUGGUGGCGGUGAAAAGUCAAGAAGCAGGAGUAGGACAUGUUCAUACCCUGUACCAAAAUAUGGCGGGAAACAGUGUAUCGGAAAUGAAGUGGAAAAUAUUACUUCUGACUGCAACAUGUUGCCUUGUCCAAUUGAUGGUGGGUGGUCAUCCUACGGUAUUUGGAGUUCUUGGUCUGUAUGUAGUUUAACUUGUGGUGGUGGAGGAAAGUCAAGAAGUAGGAAUAGGUCAUGUUCCAAUCCUUUACCAAAAUAUGACGGCAAACAGUGCACUGGAAAUGAAGUGGAAAAUAUUACUUCUGAUUGCAACAUGUUACCUUGUCCAAUUGAUGGUGGGUGGUCAUCCUACGGUAUUUGGAGUUCUUGGUCUGUAUGUAGCGUAACUUGUGGCGGUGGUGUAAAGUCAAGAAGCAGGAGUAGGACAUGUUCCAAUCCUGUCCCAAACUAUGAUGGAAGACAGUGCACUGGAAGUGCCCUGAAAAAUACUUCUUCUGACUGCAAUACAUAUCAUUGUCAAAUUGAUGGCGGAUGGUCGCGCUUUGGAAUUUGGAGUUCUUGGUCGUUGUGUAGUGCAACGUGUGGUGGUGGUAAAAAGACAAGAAGCAGGGAAAGGACGUGUUCCAAUCCUAUUCCAAAAUAUGGAGGGAAGUUUUGCAUUGGAAAUGAAGCAGGAAAUAAUACUUCUGAGUGCAGUACAUUACCUUGCCCAAUUAAUGGUGGGUGGUCAUCAUUUGGAAUUUGGACAUCUUGGUCGUUAUGUAGUUCAACGUGUGGUGUUGGUGAAAAGACUAGAAGUAGGAAUAGGACGUGUUCCAAUCCUAUACCACAUUAUGGCGGGAUACAGUGCAGUGGAUAUGCCGCAGAAAAUACUACUUUUGACUGCAAUAUUAUCCAAUGUCCAAUUGAUGGUGGGUGGUCAUCAUUUGGAAUUUGGAGUUCUUGGUUCUCAUGUAGUUUAACGUGUGGUGGUGGUGAAAAGAUAAGAAUUAGGAAUAGAACAUGUUCCAAUCCUGAACCAAAAUAUAGUGGAAAGCAGUGCACUGGAAAUAAAGCGGAACGUACAACAUCCGACUGCAACACAUUGCAUUGUCCAAUUGACGGCGGCUGGUCGUCCUAUGGAAAUUGGAGUGCAUGGUCGUUAUGUAAUGUAACUUGUGGUGGUGGUAAAAAGUCCAAAAUCAGGAAUAGGACCUGCACAAACCCUUUACCAAAAUAUGACGGGAAACAAUGCAGUGGAAAGGCAGUGGAAAACAUAACCGCUGAUUGCAAUACUUUACUUUGUCCAAUAAACGGUGGAUGGUCACAAUAUACUUUAUGGAGUCAAUGGGGAAAUUGUUCAAAAGAAUGUGAUGGGGGAUUGAAAUAUAGAACAAGAUCAAGAUCCUGUUCAAAUCCCAAGCCAAAGUUUGGUGGUUUGGAAUGUGAUGGUAAAACGACAGAAGAAGAGGGAAGAGUUUGUAAUAUUCAGCAUUGUCCAUUGGAUGGCAAUUGGACAGAUUAUAGUGAGUGGUCACCAUGGGAUAAAUGUAAUGUCACAUGUGGUGGAGGAUUUUAUAGUCGAUAUAGAAACAGAACUUGUGAAAAUCCAGGACCUAUGUUUGGUGGAAUGAAUUGUUCUGGAGAUGAUAUAGAUCGCCAAAAAGAAACUUGUAAUAAACAACGGUGUAAAGCAAUAGAUAUUUCAGAUGUGUCAAAGAUACUGUCAUCAGAGAUGUUUAAGAAAGGUACUCUUUACUUUGGAAUUAUACCAGGAGUAUUGUUGCUGAUACUGGGUGUUGUAAUUGUGUUUGUGAUUGUUAGGAAGAGGAGGAGGAGUUCAGUAUUCUUAAAGACAUAUAAUUUCCAGAAUACCACAUACAUGACGCCAGGUAAAGAUGAAGCAAUUUGUGAAGAUACAAAAUUAACCUGCAAUUUGGAAGAAAAACAAAUUACAGAUGAAAAGGAAGAGGAUCGCUAUACAAACAUGGACAAUAAGCUGAUUUGCAGUGCUGAUACUGAUCUAGACGAUGAACACUACGACUAUGCGAGGGACGAUGAAGAUCAUUAUGAUAAAUAUGUCGAUGAGAGCGAUCACUAUGAAGAAUGUGACAAUGUUGUUCGAGAGCAACUGGACGAAAGUUGUACCAAAAACGCAUCAAACGAAUUUCUUACAUUUAAAAACUUUUGAAUAGUCUGAACUGUGUACGCAAUUUCUUUUGUAUUCAUUUGAAAAGGGUAAAUCAUUAUUGUAUGAUAUUUUUGCUAAAAAUGCUAUUGUUUAGAUGCCUUUUAUUUUCUAAAUAAUAUGCCUUUGUUUGACCCUAUAAGAAACAUAGAGUUUUACUUGUUUUGUACUCGCUUACUUUUAACGUGCAUGGACAGUAAACGUAUGGUAUCUGUUAUGUUACUAUAUAAAUAUAUACAUAUUUGUUUAACAAUAAAACUGACAAAGAGGACAUACAGCCCUGUUUAAUACUAGGGAGCUUUGUUUUAAAGGCAGAGCCUUUAUUGCCAUUGCUUGGCGGCCAUUUUGAGCUCAUUAUAUAAUAUAUUCUUGAAAAAGACUGGGUUCCAUGUCAGUACUUCAUUCAAACUUGUAUUGUAAAUUAUGCACAUCGACUUUAAAUAAAACUUUUGACUUUCA